AUGCAAGUAGACGAUACCAACCACCCUUUCAACUUUUCCACAACGCGAAAACGACUGAUUUUUGUGGCCGGAUUGUUAUGUGCUUUUAAUAGUACUCUGGGUUCAUCCCUUCCAUCAGGUGCCACAGUCUCUCUGUCACUCUAUUUUGGCAUCGCAAAAGAUUCCAUCUCGAUUGUGCUACUGAACUCUCUUUACAUGGUAGGCUUUGCAAUCUCACCUCUUUUCUUUGGUCCACUGAGCGAAGCAAUUGGUCGUCGCCCUGUGUUGAUUGGCAAUUACACUUUGUACACCAUCUUCACUCUUUGCUGCGCUGUUUCUUGGUCAUACAAUGCCCUCCUUGUCUUCCGCCUCCUCGCUGGCAUGAGUGCUGCCGUACCAAACGCCGUGAUUGCCGGCUUGUACGCCGAUAUUUUUGCCGGGCACAAGGAGAGGGGACGAGCAAUGGCUGCCUUCAUGGUGGUCUCGGCCCAGGGACCACUGAUAGGGCCACUUGUCUCAGGGUUUCUAUCAGUGAACCUUGGGUGGAGAUGGACAUUCUGGAUCGGCUUGAUGAUCGCCGGCGUUGGAUUACCUGUCGUAUGGUUACUCCCAGAAACAUAUGUCCCCGUUCUAGAAGAAAGAAUGAAAGAAAGGCGCAAAGGAAAUGGGCUGUUGCAUGCCAUAUCGUGCGAAGAUUUCGUACAUGUUUUUACGACCCUGAAGAGGCCCGGACUUAUGAUAGUUACAGAGCCGAUCCUUCUGCUAUCCUCGCUCUAUCUGUCACUUAUCUAUGCAAUGAUGUAUCUGUUUUUUCAGGUUUAUCCUAUCGUAUUUGGAGGUAUAUAUGGACUCUCGCAAGACAAAGUAGGUCUCGCAUACAUCCCUAUCAUGGCAGGUGUACUCAUAGCAUUUGCAGCUUUCUAUGUAUUUGGCGAAAUUUGUGUAAAAGCGGAAAGGCGCCAACGUUCCUGGACGCAAGUGCAAGAAUUCCGUCGCCUACCACUUGCAUGUUUUGGAGCCCUUUGUAUUCCAAUUGCACUUCUCUUCAUGGCAUUUACAGCCAAUAUCAACAUCCCUCCGGCGGUGCCUAUGGUGUUUUGCGGGAUCUUUUUCGGCACAGGGUAUUCCUCGAUCUUUCUUGCAAUGCUCAUCUAUCUAUCGGAUAUAUACAAGCGCUAUGCGGCGUCUGCGCAGGCCGCUGCCAGCACCACACGCUCCAUUUUUGCUGUCUGCCUGCCUUUCGCUGCGCCAGUAAUGUACCACAAUCUUGGCGUCAAAUUCGCUAGCAUCACGUUAGCUUGCAUAUCAGGAGUUAUGGCGUUUAUUCCCUUUCUCUUUCUGUUUUAUAGAGGCAAGCUUCAUGCGUCCAGUAUAUACGCCGGGUAA